AUGGAACAGAGGAAAAGCCCCACUGUCGCCGGCCUCCAUGAGGACGAACUAGAUCGUAUCUCGGAGUUACCCGACGAGAUCCUCCACGACAUCCUGUCUCGUAUAAAAUCCCAAAAAUUCAUCGGUAAAGCCACCAUCCUCAGCAAAAGAUGGGCCAACCUCUGGUUCUCGUACCCAACAUUGGAAUUCAACGGAAACGAUUUCAAAUCCAAGGAAACCCUAAAAAGCUUCGCCGCCGCAGCCGCCAAGAAGUUCUCUUCCUUCCAACACCAAAACAACACUGAUCCCGAUCUCUCCUCCGUCACGAUUAAAUUUGACAUCAGCGGUUGGAUGGGAAACUACUACCCGGACUUCUGCACCACCAUCCUCAACGAUCUGCUCGGAUUCGUCGCCGAGAAUCCGCCGCAAGAGAUUUAUGUCACAGCAUCGAAUUACAGCAUCCCACGGGAGUUUCUACUACCCUCCGGCGGCCGAUUAUGCCGCAUAAAAAAUCUCUGCUUGCAGAAUUGCAACUUCGACCGCUACGCCAACCUUUUCACAGACGACAACAACAGCAACCCUUUUGACUGUCUUCGCGGAUCCCUCAAGACGUUGAGCCUCAUGAGCGUCAAAUUCCCCGACGGUGGCCGGAUUCUGAAUAGCAUGAUCGCCGGCGCCUCCCUCUUGGAGGAAUUGACGGUGAUGUUUUUUCGAGGGGUUCAGAGGGUUCAGGUUCGGAAUCUACCAAACCUGAAAAUUUUGAAGCUUUACGCCCGUGACAAGGUGGACUUCGACAUUGCAUGGCGCCACUGUCCAUCAAAAGAUGGCCCCAUGGAGAUUGUGUUGACGCCAGAUCUGACAAGUGUGGAAAUCGCAUCUUCACGUGCUUGUUUAUCCACGAAGUGCGAUGUUGAACGUUUGAUAUCAGAGUGCCCAGUCUUGGUGUCACCAAUAACAUCAACGAGUGACCCUGCCUCUCCAGUUCAUGACCUGAAGAUCGUCAAUAACGAUAUGUUAAAAGAAGUUAAAUUGAGUUCGUGGAACUAUCCGAUUGCUCUCCCUCGUACAACUUUCCUUCCAUGGGUCAAAAUUUGGUUCUUCCCUACAAUCUUAAGUAAGGAUCACAAAUCCUUUGCCUUGGUGACAAUCCACAUCCCACUCUCCAGACACCAUCUUCAUGAUUUGGGGAAGCUUCUUGGGAAGCUAAACCGAUUCUGGUUGACUAUAGAACUCAUAAAUGAAUUUCCAAAUGAUCGGGCGGAAGAUGUGGAUCAAUUUAAAUAUGUUCAGUCUCCAUUUAUAGAACAUGUGAUAGUUUCAGAAAAGUUCUUGACAUCGUGCAAUAAGAAGGAAUUCUUUCUAGAUAUCAUAUUCUAUUGUUGUCGCCCUAAAUUUUUAUCUGUUACCCCGAGGAUAUAUAAAGGGUCCAGAGAAAAAAUGUUAUCAGCGGCUGAGUAUAUGCAACAAGUCUUCAUGAAGAAUGAAAUCAAUGAUUGUUGCCGUAUCAAAUGCAAUUGUUGGCGCCAACAGUUAAAGGAUGUCGAAAUCUUACAAAGAAGUAUAAAAGGAAGUAUUAAAGAGGACAAAAUUAUGAACAUUUCAAAAUUUAUGUUUUCCUCUCUUGGUGAACAAGAUCAAAUCUGGUUUAUUUUGAUUUGGCGAUGA